UAUUUAAAUCAAGUUAACUUUUGAUUUAACAAAUUACACCUUGCGCUCUAAAUUUUAUCUAUGCGUGGAUCUGUCGGUGAUAACAUAGUUUUUAAACUACAUAUUUUUUUUCAUUUCAAGAAAGAAACUUGUCGAGUAGGUUGUUCGAGUAUUUAAAACGGUAAUUAUUAGACAUGCGGCAACUCAAAGGUAAAACGAAGGAAACAAGUAAACAACGUAAAGAAAGGAAAAAAGAAUUUUCCAAAGCACGGGAACAUCUUUAUUCAGUUGUAUUACCAACUUUGGCCAUCGUCUUUCUCAGCAUUGUUGUCUAUGUAUACUUAAAAACACGACCAAAACCAUUCUAUACCGAUGAUUUGUAAUUUAAUUUGAAUAAAAAUAAUACUUCAAAAUAUAAAU